AGAAAUGAUGGAACGUUUUUUAUUCGCAAAAUCAUUUUUUCUCGCGAUAUUCCUUGUGAAUAUCCACGAGUAUCAUGCCGCUUAUACUCCUCCAAUGGUUACAGUGGAACCGCUCCAUCCCGUAGGACUGCGCAUGUCAAUUCCUGAUGAACAUGGAAUCACAUUAGUGGCCUUCCAUGUUAAAUUUAACGAGGAUUUCGAUGGCUUAGAAGCGGGACAAAUAGCGAAGGAUAUUCUCAAAGUUCGUAACGGACGUUGGACUUAUCAGGAUCGGCAUACUGAAUUAAAGAGAGAUGACAUUAUUUAUUAUUGGAUCCAUGUAGUAUAUCAAGGCCUUGGUUACAAUAAGAUUGAUCAAUCGCAUCGGGUUGUCGAUUUUUACAAUUACGAUGGCACUAAAUAUAUCAGUAACAAAGUUCAAGACGAGGAAAAUUGUAUGACGACAUCAGACACAUGGAUUUUCGAGAACGGCGCACGACGGCAAGCCUGUUCUCGUCAACUGCUCUUUGAGGACAAUUUCGAUAUUAUCAAUAGCACAAACUGGAAUUCGAUUCAACGGUUUGCUGGUGCGCCGGAUUAUGAAUUUGUUGUCUACAUGACCAAUGAUGUAACAGACACAAACGAUGGCCGGCUACGCAUCAAGCCGAUUCUUCUUGAUACAAAAUUCGGCAAUAAUUUCACAUCACAUGGAAGAUUGAUAUUAGAAGGUUGCACAGGACAAGUUGGUACAAGUGAGUGUCAACGCCAAGGUGCCGGCUCGUAUAUCUUGCCACCGCUGAUCUCAGGACGUCUUAAUACAAAGGGAAAAUUCGAGUUUCUCUUUGGACGCAUCGAAAUAAGAGCCAAGUUGCCGCGUGGUGAUUGGGUAUAUCCUCUGUUAAUCCUGGAGAGUACCGAGAAUAUGUGGGAGUUUGGACUUCAUCGCGAGAUUAGGAUCGCGUCUUCGGUGGGCAAUGAGAUACUGAGAACAUCUGAGGGCGAAAAUAUUAGUAAUCAUAUAUUGAGCGCAGGUGGAUUGACGACUUCUUUAAACGAGAGUAACGCACAGAAUAUUAAUCAAUUGCCUAAGAGAUCAUCGAGCAAAUCUUGGGCGGAUGACUUCCACAUCUUCGAAAUCGAAUGGAAGAGCGGUCUCAUCGUAAUAAAAGUCGACGGAGUACAGUAUGGCGAACAGACCGUGGAUGGUUCAUUUGGCAAACCAUCAUAUUUAACUUUGGGAAUCGCUGUUGGAGGUAUUCACGAAUUUCCAGAUCUUGUCACGAGUAAUGGCUAUGUUAAGCCAUGGCGAAACGUCGAAGCAAAGGCGACGUACAACUUUUAUCGCGCAAAAAACAACUGGUAUUUCACAUGGGACACACAAACAGCCCUUCAAGUGGAUUAUGUGAAAGUGUGGGCAUUAUAAAUGCGUUUAUCUCUGCAAAACGAUUCAUCAUAACUAAAUAUAUUUUUAUUAUCGGUAGACAUAUUUUAUAACACAUUCUUUUUUCAUAAAAUAACAUUUAUCAAAAAACAAUCUCUUAACUCGUUUGUACGAAAUAAAUAAUAACGAAAUAAUAGA